AAGGCUGUAGGGCUUCACUCCGGCUGGCGCCGCCGCCUAGCGCGCUCCUGCUUCGCCGCCACGGUCCGGGGGCUGCCGGUCCCGGGUACCAUGUGUGACGGCGCCCUGCUGCCUCCGCUCGUCCUACCGGUGCUGCUGCUGCUGGUUUGGGGACUGGACCCGGGCACAGCUGUCGGCGACGCGGCGGCCGACGUGGAGGUGGUGCUCCCGUGGCGGGUGCGCCCAGACGACGUGCACCUGCCGCCGCUGCCCUCAGCCCCCGGGCCCCGACGGCGGCGACGCCCCCGCACGCCCCCAGCUACCCCGCGCGCCCGGCCGGGAGAGCGCGCCCUGCUGCUGCACCUGCCGGCCUUCGGCCGCGACCUGUACCUUCAGCUGCGCCGCGACCUGCGCUUCCUGUCCCGAGGCUUCGAGGUGGAGGAGGCGGGCGCCGCCGGGCGCCGCGGCCGCCCCGCCGAGCUGUGCUUCUACUCGGGCCGUGUGGUCGGCCACCCCGGCUCCCUCGUCUCGCUCAGCGCCUGCGGCGCCGCCGGCGGCCUGGUUGGCCUCAUUCAGCUUGGGCAGGAGCAGGUGCUAAUCCAGCCCCUCAACAACUCCCAGGGCCCAUUCAGUGGACGAGAGCAUCUGAUCAGGCGCAAAUGGUCUUUGACUCCCAACCCUUCUGCCGAGGCUCAGAGUUCUGGGCAGCUCUGCAAGGUUCUAACAGAAAAGAAGAAGCCGAGGCGGGGCAGGCCUUCGCGGGACUGGCGGGAGCGGAGGAACGCUAUCCGGCUCACCAGCGAGCACACGGUGGAGACCCUGGUGGUGGCCGACGCCGACAUGGUGCAGUACCACGGGGCCGAGGCCGCCCAGAGGUUCAUCCUGACCGUCAUGAACAUGGUAUACAAUAUGUUUCAGCACCAGAGCCUGGGGAUUAAAAUUAACAUUCAAGUGACCAAGCUUGUCCUGCUACGACAACGUCCCGCUAAGUUGUCCAUUGGGCACCAUGGUGAGCGGUCCCUGGAGAGCUUCUGUCACUGGCAGAACGAGGAGUAUGGAGGAGCGCGGUACCUCGGGAAUAACCAGGUUCCUGGCGGGAAGGACGACCCGCCCCUGGUGGAUGCUGCUGUGUUUGUGACCAGGACAGAUUUCUGUGUACACAAAGAUGAACCGUGUGACACUGUUGGAAUUGCUUACUUAGGAGGUGUGUGCAGUGCUAAGAGGAAGUGUGUGCUUGCCGAAGACAAUGGUCUCAAUUUGGCCUUUACCAUCGCCCAUGAGCUGGGCCACAACUUGGGCAUGAACCACGAUGAUGACCACUCAUCCUGCGCUGGCAGGUCCCACAUCAUGUCGGGAGAGUGGGUGAAAGGCCGGAACCCAAGUGACCUCUCUUGGUCCUCCUGCAGCCGAGAUGACCUUGAAAACUUCCUCAAGUCAAAAGUCAGCACCUGCUUGCAAGUCACGGACCCCAGAAGCCAGCACACGGUACGCCUCCCGCACAAGCUGCCGGGCAUGCACUACAGUGCCAACGAGCAGUGCCAGAUCCUGUUCGGCACCAAUGCCACCUUCUGCAGAAACAUGGAGCAUCUGAUGUGCGCUGGACUGUGGUGCCUGGUAGAAGGAGACACAUCCUGCAAGACCAAGCUGGACCCUCCCCUGGAUGGCACCGAGUGUGGGGCAGACAAGUGGUGCCGCGCGGGGGAGUGCGUGAGCAAGACGCCCAUCCCGGAGCACGUGGACGGAGACUGGAGCCCAUGGGGCGCCUGGAGCAUGUGCAGCCGAACAUGUGGGACGGGAGCCCGCUUCCGGCAGAGGAAAUGUGACAACCCCCCCCCUGGGCCUGGAGGCACACACUGCCUGGGUGCCAGUGUGGAACACGCAGUCUGUGAGAACCUGCCCUGCCCCAAGGGUCUGCCCAGCUUCCGGGACCAGCAGUGCCAGGCGCAUGACCGGCUGAGCACCAAGAAGAAAGGCCUGCUGACAGCUGUGGUGGUUGAUGAUAAGCCAUGUGAACUCUACUGCUCACCCCUCGGGAAGGAGUCCCCACUGCUGGUGGCCGACAGGGUCCUGGACGGCACACCCUGCGGGCCCUACGAGACCGAUCUCUGCGUGCACGGCAAGUGCCAGAAAAUCGGCUGUGAUGGCAUCAUUGGGUCUGCGGCUAAAGAAGACAGAUGCGGGGUCUGCAAUGGGGACGGCAAGACCUGCCACGUGGUGAAGGGUGACUUCAGCCACGCCCGGGGGACAGGUUAUAUCGAAGCUGCCAUCAUUCCUGCUGGAGCUCGGAGGAUCCGUGUGGUGGAGGAUAAACCUGCCCACAGCUUUCUGGCUCUCAAAGACUCCGGUAAGGGAUCCAUCAACAGUGACUGGAAGAUAGAACUCCCCGGAGAGUUCCAGAUUGCAGGCACAACUGUUCGCUAUGUGAGAAGGGGGCUAUGGGAGAAGAUUUCUGCCAAGGGACCAACCAAACUACCGCUGCACUUGAUGGUGUUGUUAUUUCACGACCAAGACUAUGGAAUUCAUUAUGAAUACACUGUUCCUGUAAACCACACUGUGGAAAAUCAAAGUGAACCAGAAAAACCGCAGGAUUCUUUGUUCAUCUGGACCCAUAGCGGCUGGGAAGGGUGCAGUGUGCAGUGUGGAGGAGGAGAGCGCAGAACCAUCGUCUCGUGCACACGGAUUGUCAACAAGACCACAACUCUGGUGAACGACAGUGACUGCCCUCAAGCAAGCCGCCCAGAGCCCCAGGUCCGAAGGUGCAACUUGCACCCCUGCCAGUCACGGUGGGUAGCAGGUCCGUGGAGCCCCUGCUCGGCGACCUGUGAGAAAGGCUUCCAGCACCGGGAGGUGACCUGCGUGUACCAGCUGCAGAACGGCACACACAUCGCUACGCGGCCCCUCUACUGCCCGGGUCCCCGGCCGGCGGCAGUGCAGAGCUGUGAAGGCCAGGACUGCCUGUCCAUCUGGGAGGCAUCUGAGUGGUCACAGUGUUCUGCCAACUGUGGAAAAGGGGUGCGGAAACGGACUGUGGCGUGCACCAACUCACAAGGGAAAUGCGAUGCAUCCACCAGGCCGAGAGCCGAGGAGGCCUGCGAGGACUACUCAGGCUGCUAUGAGUGGAAAACCGGGGACUGGUCUACGUGCUCAUCGACCUGCGGGAAGGGCCUGCAGUCCCGGGUGGUGCAGUGCAUGCACAAGGUCACAGGGCGCCACGGCAGCGAGUGCCCCGCCCUCUCGAAGCCUGCCCCCUACAGACAGUGCUACCAGGAGGUCUGCAACGACAGGAUCAAUGCCAACACCAUCACCUCCCCCCGCCUUGCUGCUCUGACCUACAAAUGCACGCGAGACCAGUGGACGGUGUAUUGCCGGGUCAUCCGAGAAAAGAACCUCUGCCAGGACAUGCGGUGGUACCAGCGCUGCUGCCAGACCUGUAGGGACUUCUAUGCAAACAAGAUGCGCCAGCCACUGCCAAGCUCGUGACGCGCAGCCCCGGGGGUCGCUCAAGGCUCAGACUCGAGGUCUGAAACCCGCCCACCCCCAAGCGUCCCAGCCUUGCGGCCAUGCCCCCACAAGGCUACCACAAGAAUACAACUGCAUAGAGCAUGAGUGUGGACUUGACGUUUGCCAUUAAAGCUUCUGUACUUAAUAUAUUGUUAACAGCCACUGGAUGGCUCUCGACACUGAGGAAAAAGGAGGCAUGAGUCACAAAAUAACUUUCAUUUCUAGGAUUCCAGGUACCUCGAAGGGAAGCACCUCUGGCAGACGACCGUCAAGAGAGAGACACCAUUUAGUGUUCCUGUCUUGGCUCGCUUUCGACAUUUGAAUUCCCAGUGCUUGGUGUAUCAUGGAGGAAACAUCCCCAAAACCAGACAUGUUAGAAGAGGCUUUAUUCUGAAAGCCGGCGACACCCUGGAGGGAGGGGCAGGUGUUGGUGAGCCUCUACCCAUGGCUUCUCUGGAGAGGGCCGGGCUGCUGAGCCCAUGUUUUCUCUUCAUCUACCUUCUUGACCACAUGAGAACCAGGACAUUGCUUCCAUGCCUGUCUCUGACAACAGAGUCUCUAAAUCCUAAGUGUUGCCUUGGAAGUCUCGUCCCUGAGAGUGUAAACUAUGUAUGCCAGCGAGGACAACAGUGCCACGCAGUUCACACCACCCACAUGGGAAGAAUGUUCCAAGACAGUCUGGGUUUGGGGAAGCAUCUAAUUUUCAGAGCUCUGCUGUCCACCAUGUAGGGAAACAGAAGGGCCUUUCUUCAAGGUGCUGUGAAAUGGGAAACGGUAAUUGUGGUGAUGGGGUUGCUGCCUAAGGCAAAGGUAAGCUUGGGCCAUCUUCGUUGGGGCAGAUGGGCACCUGCCCCACCUUCCGGGACCAUCCACUCUGGCCCGCACUUCCUAAAGCUUUGCACCUUAGAGAUGCUGUACCACAUGCCAGUGGCUUUCUACCAACCUUGGCCAUGUAUCUGAAGACGACAUUUGGGACCUCUGAGGACAAAAACCCAGGCCUAGCAUGUAUAGAGCAAGGCCUGACGGCUCUAUCCUGGCACGGAGCAGCCUGAUGUGGCAGGACCAGGGGAGGAACGCCAUCUGGCCCGCACUGCUGCACACCCACUGAGCCUUCCUGUAGCCCAGACUUUGUGGUAGCCAUUAUCACGCCUGUCAUCACUGACCCAUCUUCUUGGUAGGGCAAGGAUGAUGCAUGAUGAAGGUCCUUCCCUCCUGCAGCCCCCUCACGCCUGGUAGCAGAUGACCAGAGUGGCCUCUUUGAGAACACAAAGGAUGGUAGAACUCUGCCUGCAAGGAGGCCGGGAAGGCUGGAAACAGAGACCCUAGAUGCCAGGACGCCUGUUUUGCUCACCAACUUGGUGGGCAUUUCAUGGGUGCUUAUGUUCUAGGAUGUUACCGUAAGAAACACACCUCCUCCCUGAUUUCAGACAGAAGAUCUCACUUGGACUAAUUUCCAUGGGAUCAUCUCCCAGUGCUUCUUGAUUUAUUGGUGCUGUGUUUCUGUGUUUUGUUUUGUUAGAUGUCACAACAGUAGAGUUAGCUUAAAUCAGAAAGAAACCUCUCUGUCUUCUC